AUGGAAUUAAAUAGAACGCGCAAAGGACCGCUGCCUGGAGGUCGCCAGGGCGCGUCUGGAGCUGGCGCUGGACGCGACAGCAUGCGAACCGCCAGCCGAGCGCGAGGUGAUGCACGACCACUCAGCAGCCCCUCGCAUCCAUCAUCCCCACCAGCUGGCUUGGUGUCGGCAGGGUCUUCGCGGGCCCAACAAUCGGCACCCGCCACUGGUGGAGUACGCCGCAUGCGUUGGACAACCCAGAUGAACAGCAACGCAUUGCGGGCGUAUUUUAGGGCGAAAGGGGGAGAAACUGGAGGUUUUGCGUAUCGGGCAAGGAUGCAUCGACUUUUUGCUGAGCUGGAGCCAUCUGUAACCGUCACCGAGCAAAACCUGGCAGACCGAGUUCGGUACAUCUUGCGCUCAAAUACAUUUGAUGUUACCGAACUCGAACGGCUACGAAGUGAGGCUGUUCCUUCAUCGGGUGAAAAUGCUGCGGCUGAGGAUGCGGCGCCACAACUUGCUGAGCAAACGGUAAAUGUGGAUGCCGCCGUGAACACGCCAGUUGUGGUUGAUUCAGACGAUGAUGGAACAGUCGCCCAGGAACUGGAACUAGAGCAAAUGAGGAGUACAUUGGAAGAGGCGAUUGUGGAAACGCGCAGUACGCCUCUCAAAAAUCGACCGCGACUUCCCCGCUUAGCACUAAGCAAGCGGAAUCGGACUGUCGUGAGGGCUAUGAAUCCAAUGCUGGUUACCUAUUUGGAAACCAGCCGGGACCUUUGCGAGACGGACUCAAUUCUUUUUAGCGCCGCACUGGCAGUCUGCCGUAUUAUAGGCGCCAAACUUUCCACGGCUGGACGCGCUACUGGACAAAGUAGUGCUAUCCCAGCCUGGAGAAGAAGAAUUGAAGAACGUAUCGCAAAGGCUAGGGCCCUCAUCGGCAGACUGAUAUGCUUCAGGUCACGCAAUACCAGGCCGAGGAUUGUGCGCACCGUCAGCAUGGCGUUUGCAGGGACAAAUGUUAGUUUGUCCCAGCCGGAUAUAAUGCAAAAAUUGACGGAGCGCAUAGACGACCUGAAGCAAAGAAUCGCUGCUUGGGGAAAGCAGAUUCGGCGAUAUACCGAGAGGUCGACACGGUUGAACCAGAAUCGUCUCUUCCAGAGUGAUAUGAAGAGGCUCUAUAAAUCAUUGGAGCGACCAAUAGUAAGUGGAACGGGCCCAGCACCAAAUCAGGCCGACACGGUUGCAUUCUGGCGCAGCCUGUGGUCAGAGUCCGUAAACCACAACGAGGGCCCUUGGACGGAAGUUGUGGCGAGUCAGUGUGCGGGUAUUACACCCAUGGACCCCGUCAUCAUAACGCCGGAUGACGUAGCUGAGGCGGUCCGUAGGGCCCCGAACUGGAAAAGUCCGGGGCUUGACGGGCUGCAUCACUACUGGCUGAAGGGGUUCAUGAUGUGUUACGCUGCGCUCGCCCGACAAUUUCAAGAGGCUCUCAACCAGAAGUCGCUCCCAAACCUCUUCACUACUGGGAUCACUCAUUUGGUUCCUAAAGAUCAGGGUGCCACAGACCCGAGCAAAUACCGCCCCAUCACGUGUCUACCGACCAUAUACAAGACACUAACAUCCAUUUUGAGUGCGAGAAUCGCUCGUCACCUGGACUCAAAUCAGCUCGAACGACUACGACGUGAGGCCAUUCCCUCAUCGAAUGAAUUGGCUUCUAUUGGGGAUGCGGCUCCUCAGGCGACAGACCAGCUGCCACGCGUAGUAGCCGCCGUGGAUCUUCCAUUUGUGGUUGAUUCAGACGAUGAUGAAAUGGUCUCCCACGAACUAGAGCAAAUGAGGAGUAUAUUGGAAGAGGCGAUUUUGGAAACGCGCAGCAUGCCUCUCGAAAAUCGACCGCGACUUCUCCGCAUACCCCUAAGCAAGCGAAAUCGGGCUGUCUUGAGCGCUCUUAACCCAAUGCUGGUAACCUAUUUGGAAGCCAGCCGGGACCAUUGCGAGACAGACUCAGUUCUUUUUGGCGCCGCAGUGGCAGCUUGCCGUAUUAUUGGCGCCAAACUUCCCAUGGCUGGACGCGCUACUAAACAAAGUAGCGCCAUCCCAGCCUGGAGAAAAAGAAUUGAGGACUGUAUCGCAAAGGCAAGGGCCCUUAUCGGCAGACUGAUAAGCUUCAGGUCGGGUAAUAAUAGACCGAGGGUUGUGCGCACCGUUAGAAUGGCGUUUGCUGGGACAAAUAUCAGUUUGUCCCAGCCGGAUAUCACGCAGAAACUAAUGGAGCGCAUAGACGACCUGAAGCAAAAGAUUGCUGCUUGGGGGAAGCGGAUUCGCCAAUUUACUGAGAGGUCAAGGCGGUUCAACCAGAAUCGUCUCUUCCAGAGUGAUCAGAAGAGGCUCUACAAAUCAUUGGAGCAACCAGAGGUAUGUGGAGCGGGCCCAGGACCGGAUCAGGCUAACACUGUCGCAUUUUGGCGUGGCCUGUGGUCAGAGCCCGUAAACCAUAGCGAGGGCCCUUGGACGGAAGUUGUUGCGAGUCAGUGUGCGAGUAUUACGCCCAUGGACCCCGUCAUCAUAACGUCGGAUGACGUAGCUGAGGCGGUCCGUAGAGCCCCGAACAGGAAAAGGCUGGAGGCUAUUUGGAGGCUAUGGUUUCCGUCAGUAGAUUUUGAACUUUGUUAUGUGCAUUAUCUAGCUGUGAUCUCAACUCAUUAA